AUGACCAAGGGUUUCAACGCUGGUGACGCUUUCCCCGAGGACGUCAAGUUCUCCUACAUCCCCUGGUCCGAGGAGGCCGGCGAGAUCACUUCUUGCGGUAUCCCCAUCAACUACAACGCCUCCAAGGAGUUUGCCGACAAGAAGGUUAUCCUCUUCGCUCUGCCCGGUGCCUUCACUCCCGUCUGCUCCGCCAACCACGUCCCCGAGUACAUCCAGAAGCUCCCCCAGCUCCGCGAGAAGGGUGUCGACCAGGUUGCCGUCCUCGCCUACAACGAUGCCUACGUCAUGAGCGCCUGGGGCAAGGCCAACGGUGUUACCGGUGAUGACAUUCUGUUCCUCUCCGACCCCGAGGCCAAGUUCUCCAAGUCCAUCGGCUGGGCCGACGAGGAGGGCCGCACCUACCGCUACGUGAUCAUCAUCGACCACGGCAAGGUCACCUACGCCGCCAAGGAGUCCGCCAAGAACACCCUUGAGCUCUCCAGCGCCGAUGCUAUCCUCAAGCAGCUGUAA